AUGAAGAUUGUAAGUCCACCGAGUGGGCCGGGCCGAGAUUGGCGUGGUUCGCAACCGAGUGGGCCGGGCCGAGAUUGGCGUGGUUCGCAACCGAGUGGGCCGGGCCUUCUCCACGGUUUUUGCUACAACUUGUGCACCGCUAUCUCUUCCUGCUUUUAUGUGUUCUGCUGCUGCUGGCUUAUAGAGGACUGCUUUGUGGGCCGUCGUUCUUUUCCCUCGCGGGCUUCGCCUAUUUAUGGGUCGCCAGAACCACCUCCACCGCCUCCCCCAUAUGUUGGACCUGGGUCUCAGGGUAUGUUGGGUCCUCUUUUAGGACAGUCGGGCCAUUCACAUGUUGGGCCUGAAGCACACGGAAUAUUCGGCCCGCCCGGCCCACCAGGCCCAGUUGGCUACCCUUGA